UCCCGUAAUCUUUGUGCAUAUUUUUCCUUAUAUCUCAUUUGGAACCCGUAAUCCUUUAGAAUGUGAAAAUUGCAUAUUUUUCCUUAUAUCUCAUUUGGAAUAAACCAAACAUUUACCUCCAAUUUUCAUUCCGGCCACUAGAGUUUAAUUAAUUAAUUUGAUACAACAGCUCUCUCAUAAGUUGAUAGCCCACCUCCAUUGUUUUUUAUUUCUUUACUUGGUUUCAGUAUUUUGGAUAUUGUUGGUUGGCUCCUCUGUCUGAUCUGAUGGCUCAACGAAACUCGGUGGGCGUUCUUCGUAGGAUUCAAGUACUGUUGCGGUCUUCAGAUUUUGAAGAGGUUGCAGCUACAGCUACAAUAUUCAAGCUCAGGAGCUUUCGCCGUAAGUUGUCGUGGAUAAAGGAAGAGUUAAAGAAGGUUCAAAAUUUAUUUAAUAAAGCUGAUUUGAUGAAGCAGAUUGAUGAUAGUGAUGAGUUAGACAUGGCACUUCGUGUUGUUGAUGAUUUACUGAGAGAAAUGUUGGUAGUGAGUUUGAGAAGACGCCAUAGUUUCCGUACUUUUUUCUACAUGGCCUCCAAAAUGGACCAAGUCAUUGAUAAGGUGAAACUACUGACUUCAGGUUCAUUAUCAUUACCAUCACUUCAUGAUCUUCCAAUUCCGAGUGUCGGAAAAGAUACCGGAGAUGCAGUUAGGAUGGGAAGUAGCUCUUAUGUAUUUGAUGAAAUUGUUGUGGGGAGGGUUCAUGAAAAACAACAGGUGAAAGACUUUUUGUUGAAGAAAGAUGAUGUAAAUAAUAUAUUGGUAAUUUCGAUUGUGGGUUUGGGAGGAAUAGGGAAAACAACAUUUGCUCAAAUCAUUUACAACGAUGAGAUGGUUGUAGAUCAUUUUGAUCUGAGAAUCUGGGUGUAUGUGGGUGAGGUGUUUGAUGUGAUAACAAUUAUGCAAACGAUUGUUGGAUCUAUAAAAAACUCAGGAGCAAACUCUUACCGAGAUGUCUACCAACUUGAGGUACUGCGAAAUCUUAUUUUUCAAGAAAUAAUACACAAGCGAUUUCUCCUUAUUCUUGAUGAUGUGUGGAAUCAGGAUUCUGACAAAUGGGAUGAGUUAAGAAGCAUAUUAUUUGUUGGUGGAAAUGGGAGCAGAGUUAUUGUAACUACUCGUAAUAGAAGUGUUGCAUGGAUUACAGGUGAAAAAGACCAAAUUUUUGAUUUGGGGGAGCUAGAGUACAUGGAUUCUUCUUUACUAUUCUGCCAAGUGACUACAGUAGUAGAAAGAAAUUAUGUAACUGACCCCGAAAUGAUCAAUCUUCGAGAAGAGAUUGUGAAACGCUGCAGUGGAAACCCUCUUGUCAUAAAAGUAGUAGGAAGCUUGUUGCGUUUAAAAAGUACAAAGGAAGAGUGGCAGUCAUUCUAUGAUAAGGAGUUUUCAGAUAUUAUAGAAAUUGAAGAUCAUGUUUUAGCAGCGGUUCGGGUGAGUUAUGAUCACUUGUCAUUUGCUUUGAAAGAUUGUUUUGCUUAUUGUGCUCUUUUCCCAAAAGAUUACGAAUUUGACGUAGACACACUCGUAAGUUUGUGGAUGUCGCAGGGGUUUAUUAUAGGGUCAGAUGACAAGGAACAAUAUCUUGAGAAGUUAGGCUAUGAGUAUGUGGUGGAAUUACUUGAAAGAUCUUUCUUUCGUGUAAUUCAGAGAAAUGAGUUGGGUUAUAUAACAAAAUGCAAAAUGCACAAUUUAAUGCAUGAUCUUGCCAAAAACAUAGCUGGGAAAGCUUAUGCUACUUUAAGCUUAAACCAAGGCCAAUUUGAAGGAGAACCUCUUCAUGUAUCAGUGGAUUUUCAUUUUGAUUCAUCAUGGCAGAUUUCAAUCCCAUCAUCCAAUUUGAGAGGGAUUCGGAGUCUGAUUUUGCACAGGCAAUACCCACAGGCAAUAGAAAGCAGAUCAAGUCAGUCAAUUUGUGAUGUAAUUCCGAAAUUCAAGUGGAUUGGAAUGUUGGAUUUGCAUAACACAGGGAUCAAGAUACUACCAAAAUCUAUUGGUGAGUUGAAGUUUCUGUCUUAUUUGGAUCUGUCUCAAAAUGUGAAUAUGAAGGCAUUACCAAACUCUAUUAGCAGGCUACAACUUCUGCAGACUCUGAUACUCAACCAUUGCAGUAAUCUCCGGAAGCUACCCAAAGGCAUUAUCAAGUUAUUCAAUCUUAGACAUCUUGAAAACAAGUCAUGUUAUUGUUUGACUCAGAUGCCGCGAGGACUACAUCAACUAUCAAAUCUUCGAACAUUAUCAGAAUUCGGGCUGAGUAAGGAGCCUACUGAUUUUCCCUCAAAGCCAAAGGGCAAGCUCGACGAACUAAGUAGUCUAAACUACCUGAGAGGCGAGCUCAAAAUCAAAAAUUUGACCAAUCCAAAAGAUGAUAAGACAGCAGCAGCAAACUUGAAAGAGAAAAAUGAUCUUUUAUCUUUGAUUUUGAUCUGGGAUAUUGAGGCUUCAUCAGUUCAUCAACAAGAUGAUUAUGAAAAGGCACUAGAAGAUCUUGAGCCACAUCCAAACCUGAAGAGGCUGUCUAUAUCUACCUAUGGUGGUCGCAAGUUUUCGAGUUGGCUUCCAUUGCUUAAAAAUCUUGUGAAAUUAUCACUGUCGAGAUGCAACAGAUGCCAUUACCUACCUCGGCUGGAUCAGUUGACUAAUCUUCAAGUAUUGGUAGUAGAUGAGUUGAUGAAUCUGGAAUACAUUAUGGAUGAAACACCAUCAUCAACAACAACAUGGUUUUCAUCCUUGAAAGAGCUGAGACUUACUAAUUUGCCACAACUAAAGGGAUGGUGGAAAAAGGAUGCUUCAAAAGGAGAAGGAGAAGGAGAAGAAAAAGCUACAUUUAGUUGUCUUUCUAAAUUGGUGGUUGAAGAUUGCCCCUGUCUCACUUCCAUGCCUAUGUUUCCAUGGCUAGAAGAACUGCUAGUGCUGAAAAACACAAGUUGGGAGCCAUUCAAACGAACUAUAGCAGCAAAACCAACAUCACCAGCAUCAGCAUCAUCAUCAUCAUCAAAUUUUCCUCUCUCCAAAUUAAGAGAAUUGCAUAUCAUGGAUAUGUCCAAUGGUGAUCCAAAUAUGUGGCAGUACCUUGAAAGACUCCAUUCUGUGACGUUGGAUCAUGUUACUGACAUAAAUGAUCAGCUCAAAGGACUUCGACAAGUGAGGGGCCUGCAACAACUCCAUAUAUGGCGCUGUGAUAGCUUAGUGGUAAUUCCAAACUGGAUCACCAACUCUGAUUUUCUUAGGACAUUCUCGAUCAAGCUAUGCCCCAAGUUGAUAAUACCGCGUGAGAGACUUAGCCUCAUUGCAACUUCAAAAAAGUUGGAGAUUGAGGAUUGUCCUGGAGUUUCUCACGUUGCAACCAUGCUUAAAGAUCCUCUCUACAUCCAAUAAUUCAUUCAAGCUCCCCUGUUGUUUGAGGUACUGUUGAUUGGUUCUUGGCAACUAGUACACUCAAUAAAAAGUAGCUUCAUCAUAUUAUCUUCCCCUGGUUUUAAUUAUUAAUGUUCCAUUUUUUCAUUGCUUUGUGUGGUUGAUGUUUGGUUUGUUUAUUUAUCUCUGAUGACGUUAUUGUAUUAUGAUUUCAUAGUUUGAUAUGAAUGUGUAUGAAAUUGGAUAGUGCCUUGGGGUUUUUUCAGCACAUGAUUAUUAUGUAAUGAAUAAUGAUGCUUUUUCCCCAUUGGUAACUAAGUCCAAUCUUUUGUUACAA